UACUUUUUACCUAUAUCUUCUCACCAACAGUUUUUCUUUGUCCGUUUUGUUGGUGAAGUACCUGCAAAAAAUUAAACGAGAGAGGAUUUAUUGAAUCUGGGUUUGAUCUCAAAUCGAAAAUACACUUGGAUUCGUUCAUUUUUCGAUGGUUUUUUGACCUGGGAAGAGUUAUUUUUGCUCAUUUUUUGGUGAUAAAUAGAAGGAGAAAGUAAAACUUGGAAGAUAUGGCGUCGCAUUUUGAUAGGUGGGAGAAAGAUCCGUUCUUUUCAGCUGCAGAAGAGGUUCAAGAAUCUGCCGACAGAAUGGAAUCAACUUAUAGGACGUGGAUUCAUGCGUUGAAGGAUACUUCUGGUAGUUGGAAUUGUGAUGCGCUUCGCAGGGACCUUAGAACUACCCUUGGCACUGCUAAAUGGCAGCUGGAGGAAUUUGACCGGGCAGUUAGAUCGAGCUACAAUAGUAAAUCUGCUGAUGAUGCAAGAGAUAGACACCAUGAAUUUUUUAUUGCAAUCGACAGUCAGAUUAAGAAAGUUGAGAAUUCUCUUAAUGAAUCAGCUGUUUCACAAGGCAAACCACCACUUCCAUGGGUGCGUUUGGAUGAGGGAGAAGUCGAUGAACUUGCUGCAUUUCUCUCUGGCCCAUCCACCUCUUCUGCAGGGAUAACCCAUGCAAAAGUACAUGGAGUGGAGCUGCAAAUUCCCAAGUGGGAAGAGGCUGUAAAUCAAUCACUUCCCGAGUGUUCUGAGAAUCCUCUUCAUUCAGAGGAUGGUGUUCGAGGUGAGGCCAUAGACGAGAAGUUUUUGGGCCACCGGAGAACAGCAAGUGCUAGUGCUGACAUUGGUGCAUGGCAGAUUGCACUUGGCAAUGAUAUUUCCAUCAAAGAACCUGCACCCCCUCCUCGCAGAAUACCCAGUUACCAGGGAUUGUUGAAUGCCGUGGAAUCUGUUAAGGAGUUAAAAUGGCCCAAGAAUGGUUACAGGAAGUUGAAGUUCAAUCAAGAAGCUGGCAAUACAUUGCCGCGCACUCAGCCACCAACAAGGAACAUAAACACAUGCUAUGAGAGGAAUAAGAGUUGCCUUGAUGGUUGUGAUGAUUGUUAUGAUAAGCAACUGUAUGGUUGGUAUGGUGCAGUUCAGCGCCAGCUGCAAAGAUCUCAGUAUUACAUGCAUUAUCGUCGACCUGUUCGAAUAGUUUUCUCAGUGUUUCUUCUCAUUUUCCUGAUUGUUCUAGUGGCAGUCCGUACAAUCUGAAAGAUGAACCUUUAUCCCUAUAAUUGACGAACUUGCGAUGUUGAGACGGUCAGAGGAGAAGGGGCCUCAGUUUUGGUAUUACCUUAUAGAGGAAAGGUGUAAUUACAUGUAAUUUUGUUCUGGUGAUGCAAAGCUGGUGCUAUUAUCUCAACAUACUUUGUAGUAAAUACCUUAUCACCAUUAGUGGAGACCAAAUUAUGUUGUAUUAUGAUAUUCCGUCCAUCGGAAACAACCUCUCUACCUCUAAGGUAAGGGUAAGGUGUGCGUUCACUCUACCUUCGCCAAACCCCAUUAUGUGGGAUUACACUGGAUAUGUUGUUGUAUACAGAAAUGAAAGAGAUGAUUAGGUCUAUUUGACUUGCUAAAUCAUGUAUAUUAUUGUAUUACUGUACUUAUUCACUUUUGGGUUUAAAGUUCUCUUAGUAUUC